AUGAAACUAUCAAUUGCUUUGUCAUCGAUCCUGGCUGUCUGCUCAGUUACUACAGCUACCCCAGUUCUUUCCACCACGACCACGAGCGUUGAAUCUACUUCCACCACAGCUUCUCCUAAUGCGAUUGCAACUAGUGGGCCUGACUACUUGAAAUAUCCUAGUCCAUAUGAUGAAUAUACGAGUCACUGUCAUCCAAUCUCACUGGAAAUGUUAAUGCUGUUGGAGGAAUUUGUACUAAUCGGACUGGGAUGCGAUGCAUUAUCAGACGAAAUUGAUGAGAGAAGAGUCAAAAUCUAUGCCGAAGUGGAUAUAAUGGACGAGCUGCAGGAAAGAUUUGACACUGUAAUGGGCGACUCUUCAAACUAUGGACUAGGAAACCUCGAUCUUGAAGCUGCGAUCAGAACCCAGCAUGAACUUCUUGAAAAACUCCACAAAGAAUCUAUGGGACUUUUAGGAAAACAUUGGAAUGGAGUUCAGGAAAGUGACAAGUUACUAAUAACACUUGAAAAGUACUUUAGGCAAAAUUUUAUAUCUGAUGAAACCGAGGUUUACGAUAUCGCAGACCCGAAUGAAUUUCUCGAAUUUAGGAGAUGCCACGAGUUUUUACGCAGUCACCUAUCACAGUCACAGUCACAGCCAUAA